AUCGGUGCAGUGAUUAUAAGACGCGAGCGUUGUAUGUCGCUUCGUUUAAAAUUACAAAGUGUGCAGUUCAAUGGAUUAGAUUGGACCGAGGCAUAGAAGAUUAAUUGAUGAUUGAUCAAUGAUUUCCAGCUGUUAACCAAUAAUUCAUUUCACGCGACUGUAUUGUGCAAAACGAAAUAUUGAAAAAUAAACGUACACAAAGAAAAAGAUGAUAAGAUUGCAGAAAAACGUGCGGCACGCGCGAUUACGCUUGUACAAGUGUGGUUAUGCUUGUUUCGCGCGUAGUUUCCUUUACGUUUCACGAGUAUAUUUACUCGACUGCGGAAUCACCGAUGAUUCGAACUUGUAACGAUUUCAGUAGUGAACUUAGUAGUGAUCCAGGCCAAUCGGAUUUCGGAAUCGAUCCGAAUAUCUUUCAAAGGAUAGUUUGCAUUGGUCCAAGAAUCGUUGCUUCGUCGUUUCGUGUUGCGUGCACUUGAUUUCGUUGCAAUGCCUACGAGUUCAAAGGGUGUAAUGUAAUUCCAUGUAGCUAUCGAUAAAGCUUCUGGUUAGUUCGAGCAGGUACGAAAUUAUCGUAUUUCACGUAAAUUAUCAUUUCUGUGCGUGCAAAUGUGAGAGCGUGACCGUGUAUUAUAGUUAUUACACACGUUUAGAACAUUUUGUACAUGCGAAGUAUAGGUUAUGCAGAUCGUCUGCACAGUAAUGUAAUGAAUAGCUGUGGGAACUCUAAUAUUAGCACAAAGCUACGUGGUUCUAAGUGUUUGGAGGUGCAAGAAGAGUCUGUUGGCAAUAAUCAAGCUACAGAGUUAGAUAAAGGAGACAUCAAUGUUUUAAGUGGUUACAAUUCAAACGAUUUUAAUGCUCCACGUGGCACGUUGGUCAUUUGUCAAAGAAAUUCCAAUCACUAUUCGUCCGAUCAUAGUUUUUCCAGAUUCAAACCCAGAAUCAGUGGUGUUCCACGCAAUGAGUUUCGAAUGGCUCGUGGGGGCAGUUCCGGAGACCGUGCCAGAGGCGCGUUACGGGGUAGAGCUUAUAAAAAGACACCCGUCGACAGAGACUCGAACUCUGAAACCAAUUAUUACCCCGCAACUAGACCCAAAUUUCAAGAAUCGUUGAAAAAUCAGGAAAAUUCCCAGGGAAAGUAUUACGAUGAUAAACGAAUGAAUGAAGACUCUAGAAUUUCAAAGCUCUUGAGGAGAUUGUGCCGGGAAGACGAUUACGACCACUUUAUCCUGCUAUGCAAACAAGCGCAGGAUGGUAUAAUAGCAUCUGAAAAUCAAAGAUACAUACGACGAAAUUUGGAUGUUAUCUGCGAAAGUUUAUUAGAUAUGCUACACACGGGACCCGGAGCAGAAGCGAAACAACAAAUCGCAAAGUGUCUAGGUCGCGUUGGAUAUGCAGCUGAACAGGAUUUCAAACGAUACAUAGACUGGACCUUCAAUAAAUAUUCGCUGGAACGGAAAGAGGAUAUAAAAUGCCUUUUAAUCAAAUCAUUCAUCGAGGUGUUCAGAAUGGACGCAGAGGCGCCAAGGCUAAAGGAAUUUUCAGUGCUAAUGAUGUCGAAAUUGCAGUCAACAUUGGAAAACGUCGAUCGAUCGGACCUACUGGUGGCAACGGUAGACGCGAUAUUGUUAAUAAUGGAAUCGUAUCCUGAAACGUUUUCAAAUCAUUUUCGCGACACAGUGGACAUAUUGGUUGGCUGGCAUAUAGAUUCGACUCAACAGAAAGCGAUCGCGAGUUAUGCCAGUCGUAGCUUGCAAAGAUUGCGAACCUUUUGGAUAGCAGACUUGCAGUUCACGUUGACGUUAUUAGGACAAUUUUUAGAAGACAUGGAAAGCUACGACGAAGAGUUGACUUUACCGGAAUCUGGUAGAAGUUCACCCGGAGACGACGCGUCACCGACACCGCGAGAAUGUAUCCUCCGCAUCACGUCUCUGAUCUCCGUGUUCAAUACGGUCACGAAAAGCAUAUCCGAACAUUUGAAUCCAAAUGUUACACCGAACGUGCAGUGGUCGUUCCUGUCGGAUUGUUUGUCGAAAAUGUUGAAAACGGUCGUAAAAGCUAUCGAACUGAACGACGACAAGGAAAUAUCGCUCUCGAGUUCUGUCCUGACAGCCGAGAACGUCGACGAGCUGGUGAAACGUGUCAGGGCGGUAAGCGGCGGCGGGGGCGGCGGUACCGUACCGCCCCGAAAUUUCAACAGGCCCGAGUCAGUUGAGGAGGACAUGGUCGAGAUGUUCAAAUCGUUCAAGUUGGACAAGAACGAGAUCAAAAGCUUGAGGCUGAGCGUCGAGAGAGAAACAUGGUCGAAAGAGAAACGGGAGCCGCUGUUGAACAUCAUACGGUGGCUGGAGUUCAAAGAAAGAAAAGAAAGUAUCGAUCUGACCGAGGAAAAGGAGGAGUUGAUAGUCACUGCGAACGAGUGUGCUUUUCUGCUGUUGGGACAGCUUCAGAGUCGCACGACGAAGAAUCACGAGCUACUCUACAAGUUUAUCGAUCUUCAGUUGAAAAGGAUCCACAUGUUUUGGGACGAUACGAUAAUAUCCAUGUUGAAUAUCAUUUCGAAAAUAAUCAAAGAAGUAUCGGCGAACUUACCAUUGGAACUGGUGCACAAGUUGCUCGGGAAAGACUCGGCAUUACUAAAACUGAGAUUCCGCGAUUCCAUCUCUAUUCAGAAUGCUAGCCUCCGCGUGUACCACAGUUUGUUGAGUUUGAAAAAUAUACCGUUGCUGCAGGAAUCGUAUCGAUACAUAUUGUCCGAUUUGGAGAUCGCCUACAGGCUCGUGCUGCACGACAUCGAGAAUCUGGUUCCCGACAAUCCGUUGCUCGACGGAGUCAGAUACAAGAAGAAGGACUCGGAAGUCGUAAUUACUUUCCUGUUGCGAGCUCUGUCCGACAUAGCAAAUGCGAGCAACUCGAUAAUCGGCAUGUGGGCAUUGAAGCCGAGCAUUCUCGAACUAUUGGCUGUCAAGUUGAGACCCUAUGACAGCAGUUUGUCGGUAACUAGUCCAUUUUUACAGUACAGUAUUUUGUACUUGCUGUACGCUCACUGUUCCAGAUACAAUCACUUUGUACCGAGCUCCAGCUUGAUAACCGGAACCUCUGCUUGUCGCCCGAUAGACAUGUUUCCAGGUGCUUUGGACGUACCGACCACGUCUCCGACCAGUGGUCACCUUUCUAUAAUUCUGAAUUUGAUAGCUAAAAGUUACAACGAGCAUACCCCGGAGCAAACCUUGCUACUCUUGUCGAUGUGGAUGCAAGAGAUCUGUUUACAGUCGGAAAAUUAUAUCGGCAUAUUGAGCAAAACCACAGAGUACCAGCAAGUCUUGGGGAGUCUCGUCACCUGCGGAGCCAGCAUCGAUCGCGAUAUCUCGAUCGCUGUUUGCGAAUUAUUUGAAAUGAUGCUGAGCGCAAAGAAUGUCGUAUGGGGAGAACAAGUCUAUUCGAGGAUAGUGGAUUUGGGGAUGUUACAUUUGACGUCACGGGAGGAAAUUUUGCGAGAAAAGUAUGGUUCCUUAUUGACGCGCGUGCCUUUAAAUAUCGUGAUACCAAAGCUCAAUACGGAACACUUGUUAUCGGAAACGAAGAGACAUCAGGAGAUUAAAGAUUACUCGACAGAGUCGUUGGUUCUCGCUCAAAGAUUGCACAUGCGAGGAAACAGUAACGGAGAGAUGCAGGCUCAACAUUUCAAGACUUACAUGGCGUUUCUGCUGCAAGAACAGUAUCUGAACGCGUCCGAAUUGGCCGAAUUAUUUACGCUAUGUUGGCCGAUUAUAUCCGAGAACGAAACCACCAGAAAGAUGUACCAGUUGGGACUCGCGAAUCGAUCCUUCUUAUACUUUUGGGCUGGAUUCGAGGCGGCUCAGCAUUGCGUGAACAACAAGCUUCGCACUUCCCUAGGAAAGCCACAGGAGACGUUCACGUCGAUCGAGAGUGCUCUGAAAACAUUGGCUCGCGAGAUCUCGUACAACGUGGAAGUCACGAAGAAAGAGAAACGAAGUUUGGACGACCUACUGAGCGAACACAACCGUGUCCGUUUAUUGAUCGAGUUCCUCGAGCAUCUCGAGAGAGUGAUACACAACGCUUCGGAGGGAUGCGCGAUCGCCUUGCCAUCGCUCUCGAAACCGGUCCGAACCUUCUUCCACACGAACAAGUCGACUUGCAAGGAAUGGUUGAAUCGCAUUCGCCUGGCACUGUGCGUGGUGCUGUUGCAUUCCGGGUUAGCCGGUAGCGCUUUGGGGAACAGUGAACGGCUGUUGGAGGAUCUCAGCAACAACGACAACACCCAUGGCAUCGAAUUCGAGAGGGCGACUCUUUGCACGGCUCAAGCGAUGGUCAUGUUGGGAGAGGCGGAGGCGUUGCAAGGCCUUUACGUUUACACUAAGGAGAAGGACCGGAAAUUCCCGUGGUUGAAAGCAGCGAUGGAAGAGGCUGCGGGCCACUACGAGUCCGCCGCCGAAGCGUACAAACUGAUCAUCGAGGAGCAAACGGCUGCCGCGAGAAAAGAUUCCGAGUACAAAGGGGGGGAGGCUCCGGAGGAAGGCGAGGUUCGGGUGCUGGUCGAGGCCGAGGGGAAGAUCGAGAAUGAAAGUAAGAGCGCGGCCGAGGACGAGGCGGAAGAUGUAGGCGAGAUCGACGACACGCGCGCCGGAGGCGGAGGCGGUGGCGAGAUUCUCGGUGAAAACGAUGCCAUCGAGGGUUUCGACGUGGACGCGGUCGACGAUGGCGGCGCGGAAGCCAUCUCCGUCGGAAAGGAAACCAGCGUGAAACCCGAGGGAGACAGUCAACUGUUGGCCUUCUGCAUGCAACGGUUGUCCAAGUGUUACGAAGCGGUCGGCGAUUGGUCCCGACUGGAAGCGUGGAAGCUUCAAGAAGCUCGACUGCUCUCGCGAGAGAAAAGAAGAAACCUGGGCAAGCAGUUACAGGCUCAGACGGACAGCGGGGAUUAUCGGCGAGCAAAGUGUUUGAAGAUGUUCGAGGACGGCGACGCGAUAAACCUCGACGACCUGACCAAUUGGAAUUUACUGGGGAACGACACGGAGAAACCGGGCAACUGGAGUUGCACGAGAACGUUGCUCGAAUGCAACGACACGCUGAUGAACAUAGCGCUCAGAAUUCGCGUAAACGACUACGAAGACGACUUCGAAGAGAAGGUGGAACGAUGCCGAAGGGUCGCGACUAAAACCAUGGAGGAGGGCCUCCGUAACGUGCCGUCGGAUCACUUGAACGAGUCGAUAUUGAUACGCUACGCGGCCAACGCGCUGAAGGGGCUGCUGUCUGGCCGGGAGGAGAACGCGGCGUUUCAACUCUACAAAACGGAGAAACUCGAGUACGGAGGCAUGGACUCGCGGGUUCUCACGCGAAUCCUCUGGUGGUCGGAGUACUUUGAGAAAGCGCGAGAGAAGGAGAACGCGAAGAAUUCGAGAGCGAGCGAGGUGGCCGAUCUACGUUUGCACAUCGUUCGAACGGCCAGGAAGGAGGGAAACUUUGAGCUGGCGAAGCGCGAGCUUAUCAAUUACUUACGAUCCGAGCAGGAGAUUUGUCGAAUCGAGGAAAAGAGGAGAGGAGGCGAGCACGUGGAUCUGAAGUUGGAUCGAAUAACCGCCGAGACUUUGAGGAACGUGAUGCGCGUGAAAUGGUCCAAGAACAACAUGCGUGCCUUUCGCGAAUAUUCGAAGCUGCUCUACGACAUGGACUGCGUCGACAACGCGCUCAAAGUCUGUAGCGCGACCGCGCUGGGGAUAUCGCGAGCGAUCGUCGAAGGUGAACGGUCGACCGAUCUGCGAGAGAACGGAACCAGGCUUCUCCUCACCCUUGGGAAAUGGAUCCAACAGCAGGAGGUCGGCAUCGCCGACAACCUCCAGCUGGAGGAACUGCUCGAAUUCGAAGCUCUGCACAACGACGGCUUGAUGAGCAAGUUGUUCGGCUCGACCACCAAUUCGAUACCCACCUCCGACAUGACGAUCGGCAGACUGAUGCAGCUCGGGGUGAAUCAAUGUCCGGAUCUGCCGAUCGCCUGGUGCAGCUUCGCGAGUUGGUGCUACAAGUGGGGCAGAAAGAUCGUCGACAAUUCGAACGUCGCUCGCCUGACCGAUUCCGACAGAUUGGCCAUACGGGAGCUGUUGCCGUUCCAGACGGACGAGGUCGAUCUGAUCGCGGUCUUCUCGAUACUGAGCCAAAGCAAAACGAUCCCCGAGGACGAGGGCGACAUCACGGACGCGACCAACGACGUCAACACCUCCGACAUGAUAGAGAACCAACUGCGAAACGUGCCGAUACUGAGCCUGGCCAGUCCCGAUCGUCUCGCGAUGUUGGUCGACGUCUGGAAGCAAGCGCAGAAGAGGAUCUAUUCGUACUACGAGCUCUCGGCGAACGCGUACUUCAAGUACCUGCAGCUCGCCGCGAGCAAGGAAACGAACGAUUGCGACACGAUCACGGCGACGCUUCGGCUGCUGCGACUGGUCGUCAAACACGCUCUCGAGUUGCAGAACGUCCUCGAGUCUGGCCUCUCCUCGACCCCGACGGCUCCGUGGAAGCAAAUAAUACCGCAGCUCUUCUCGAGACUCAGCCAUCCGGAGGCUUACGUGCGGACUCGAGUCUCGGAGCUGUUGUGCAGAGUCGCCGAGAAUUCGCCGCAUCUGAUCACGUUCCCCGCCGUCGUAGGCGCGGUCUCCGGCCAGAGGAAGAGCUGCGACAAGGUUCUGUACGCGAAAACGGAGAGCAAUUCGGCCGAGAACGAUCUGAGCUACGUCGAGGAGGAGAGAGGCGUCGAAUCGAUGGACCACGAGGACGAGGAGGCCGAGGAACGGGAACAGGAUCAGGAGCAACGGCUGGAAGACGACCAACCGCGAGGACAGGCCACCAGGGACGAGGAGGAGGAGGAGGAGGGGGAGGAGGAAAUCGCGGCGGGAGCCGACGGUUCCUCGACGAUCUACCACUAUCGGGACGAACACGAGAAACUGAUGGACUGCUGUUUCUCGCAGUUGGUCGACUGCCUCUCCAACAGAGUCCAAGACUCCGUGGAACAGAUCAAGGUGUUGGUGAAGGAGCUGCGUCGAAUCACCUUACUGUGGGACGAGCUGUGGUUGGCGACGCUCUGCCAGCAUCACACCGAGAUCUCGAAACGGUUCGAGCAGUUGGAGAUCGAGGUGCAAAAGGUGCAAGACAACGUGUGGCUGACCAUCGAGGAGAAAGACGAAUUGAUCGCCGAGAAGCAUCGGAUCAUACUGAAACCGGUGGUCUUCAUCCUGGAGAACCUGUUCGCCAUGACCUCGGUCCCGGCCGAGACUCCUCACGAGCGAAGCUUCCAAGAAAAGUUUGGUCCCUCGAUCGAAGAGGCGAUCGGCAAACUGACCAAUCCGAAGAACCCCGCGAAACCUCAGAUCGCCAGCCUCUGCUUGAAGCAGUUGGAAAACAAGUUGGCUCAACGCGUGCACAGGCGCGCCGCCUAUUCUCUCGCCAUGAACGACAUCAGCCCCGUACUGGCCAAUCUGAGGGACACGCGCAUAGCGAUGCCAGGCGUCGCCGCGAACGACAAUAAAAUCGUUAGCAUUCGAUCCGUGGAUAACAACGUGCAGAUAUUGCCGACCAAGACCAAGCCGAAGAAGCUCGUUUUCCACGGGUCCGACGGACACGUUUACACGUACCUGUUCAAAGGACUGGAAGACCUUCACCUGGACGAAAGAAUCAUGCAGUUUCUGAGCAUAUGUAACACAAUGAUGUCGAAGAAGGGCGACUCGAAACAGGUCUACAGAGCUCGGCAUUACUCGGUUAUACCUUUAGGUCCGCGAUCCGGCCUGAUACAGUGGGUCGACGGCGUUACUCCGUUGUUUGUCCUUUACAAGAGGUGGCAACAGCGAGAGAACGCUAUGACCAAUAAAAUCGGGAGUACCGCAAUUUUACGACCAUCCGAACUCUUUUACAACAAGCUGACGCCGCUCUUGAAAGAACGAGGUAUCGGUUUGGAAAACAGAAAGGAAUGGCCGGCUCAGAUUUUGAAACAGGUUUUGGCCGAGUUGAUGGCUGAAACACCAAAGGAUCUCUUGGCAAAAGAGAUUUGGUGCAACAGUAUAAACGCUGGAAACUGGUGGCAAGCAACAAAAAAUUACUCCUAUUCGGUUGCCGUGAUGUCGAUUAUCGGCUACAUCAUUGGUCUCGGCGACAGACACUUGGACAAUGUUCUGGUAGAUUUGAACACGGGCGAAGUGGUGCAUAUCGAUUACAACGUGUGCUUCGAGAAAGGCAAAACGUUGCGCGUGCCCGAAAAGGUGCCUUUCAGAAUGACUCCGAACAUCAAGACAGCAUUGGGUGUAACCGGUGUCGAGGGUAUAUUUCGCUUAGCCUGUGAACAUACUCUUCGCGUGAUGCGCCGAGGUCGCGAGACGCUGCUCACUUUACUCGAAGCAUUCGUGUACGAUCCGUUGGUGGAUUGGCGAGCUGGCGCGGACAACAGCAUCGCGAGUUACGGAGCGUGUCAAGCCAGAGCCAGAUGCACGGGUAUAGGAAGAAAACAAUUGGAGCAAGAAUUGACGCGAGCAAUGUUCGCCGUUCGAACGGCGGAGAUGCGCGCCGAAUGGUUGGCAAACAGGGAUGAACUGAUCAAAGUAUUUCCAUCGUUGUGUCACCGCUUAAACUGUUGGAUAGACGCGAGUCAAGUGACUCGUCAGUGCCAAGAGCUGUUGCAAGACAGACAUCAGCAGCUUGCACUGGUGAAGGAAGCGCAAGCGAUGGGGCGCAAUCAUCCGUUGUACUCGGUGACGAAGCGUUACAACUCUUUCAAGAGAGCACGCGACACGCACGAGAAGGCAAAGGCCGCGUUGAAGGAGAAAAUAGAGGAUUGCGAGAAGCAAAUUAACAUGCAUAACCUGGCGCUUUCGGCGGUAAGAGGUACUCAAUUGGGCCAGUGGUUAUCGGAAUUGGGAACGUCCGCGAGUUCGGAGGAGCACGUCGUGUUCGACUUGGUGAAAGAAUUCCUACAGAACGCCGGCCAGAGUCAAAUGAUCGUUCAGUGCGAACAAUCGGAAAACGAGCUGACUCAAUUGGCGACGCAACAAUCGAUCCUGAUAAGAAGCUCCUUGGAUCUUCUGAGUCAGUACUCUGCGAUUUGUAAUCUGUACCCGUUGAGCAGCAUGUCGCAGCAUCGUACGGUACUUUAUCACGGUUGGGCCAACAAGCUGUUGAACUCGGGGAACGUCGACGCGUGCCGCGAAGUGAUGGGGCAGUUCGAGGCCACCUUCGAUCCGAUCAAGAGCACAAACAGUCAGCACGUCCAACAGAUACUCACCUUCUCGUAUCAGAUGCAAGGGAUUCUGAACGAAGCGAACGAGAGGCUGAAGAAAGCGGACGAGAGAAUGGUUUCGGAAGGAUUGCCGGAAUCCCUUGGCAGAAUAGAGAAGGCGUACGCGGAGUCGAGAGUGCAGAUACAGGGAUUUCUACGGCGGGAGAAGGGAGGAGAACGGGCUCUCGAGUGCGUCAACAUAACCGCUCUGUGCGCUCUGAACAAGCGCUACUUGAUGAUGGAGGGCGCCGCAAAGUGUGCCGGCGACUGUCUCGUCGAUCUCACCUCCAGAGAAGGAGAUUGGUUCUUGGACGAGAUGCGGCUGAUGUCAUCGUUGAUCGCCGAAUUGGUCACCUUGAUACCUGAAUGUCACAAAGCGAACAACGAUCCCAAGAUAUCGUUGGUGCUGAAAUGCUUGAGAGGGUCCGAUUACAUUUACAAAGGGCUGCAGGAACUCAAUUACAAUUUUCAUACAAUCAUACUGCCGGAAGCGAUGAAAACCAUCAUAACGGAAGAACCGACUGUCAUUCGAAUGAUCGGCGAACUAACCGAGAUUAUUGUCUCGCCCGGGAUACCGCUCGGCGACAUUCUCGCGCAACUCGAGGUGCACUUGCGCUUCACCGUCAUGGAAAUGGAGAGCCCUCACGCCAUGAUACAAACCGUCGUGAACAACAUGAGGUUGCGGUUCGAAGCGUUGCUGUCCCGAACGGCCGAAAUCCAGGAACCGAAUCAAGAUGAAACGCUGACGCCCGGCCAGAUGCUGCUGAUGGGUUUCAACGGACUGUUCGAGAAACUGCAGAUGGAAGGUAACGCGUUGAUCGGUACCUUGAGCGCGCUCGAUAUUCCUGCCGGCUGGAGGAAAAUCGAUCAGAUUCGGGAAGCAAAGGAAAUGUCCGCGCCCAUCUUCAACAAGGCGGCCUGUCAAGUCCUCGAAGACAUAUUUCUGGUGAAACGGCUGCACACCAUUCAAGAGUUCUUCAUGAUGUGCAGAGACAUCGCGACCGCGUUCAAAGGCGGCCUGGCGAAUCUCUACGACGACGAGAGAUUGAACAAGCCGAUCCGAAUCUUCACGGCGGAUUACGUGUCGCGGCAGUUGCUCGGCGUCACUUCCCAGACACUGGCGAUCGCGCUCUGCCUCUUGCUGCAAAGAAUGGGACUAAGCGUCAUCACCGAAAUCGAACAGAGAGACAUCGGUGCCGAGAGUAAGGUCUCUUUGGAAGAAUUGUGCAGGAAGGUUGUCGAUCUCUGCCUGAAGAGGGGUUCGUUCUCGGGUUCGGUUCUCGCGCAAGCUAGCGCGCUCAGCAGUACCCUCGAGAGCGCUUGGCGCAGAAAACAGACGGCCCGCCUGACCCAGCAGUGCGUCGAGGUGGCCAGAGCCAGUAUGCAGAGACUUCAGCUGCAACUAACGGCUCACCAUUGGUUGCACGAAGACAGCUUGCUCCUUAGAUCUAAUCUGAAUCUGAUGAAUCCCUUGAAUCGCUCCGCGUUUAUGCUGGAACUACGCAAGACAGCUGCAGGCCUGGCCGCGCUACAAUCUCGCGUGUGCGAAGCACGGGAUCAGCAACAAAAUCUUGUAUCCAGCGCGGUGCAGCGUUUGAAAUGGGCCGCAGGAGCAAAUCCGGCCCUCGGAGAAGUAAUGUCAGCGUUCGACAACGCCGUGCUUUCUUCCUGUGAAAAAUUGACCCGACAACACAGUCUCGCGACUAGCGUUGUCAACACCUGCAACUCCAUAUUGCAUUACGAGGCCUUGAGAACGAGGACGUCCGAGAGCGUAACGCACGACACCAACUUCGUGAAACUGGUGAAACAUUGGGAAGAGAGUUGCAUCCUGACCAUGAGCUUGACAAUUACCGUCACCGCGAUCGAGGAGAGCCUAGUCGAAUUGCUACCGAUGGAGAAUAACGUUGACAUCAACUGGUUAAAGCAGGCGGAAAGGUUCAUUUCCGAGGCGAUCCUCGACGUACAGAAAAAAUUGCAGGAAAAGCAAGAAUGCUUGCUCGCCUCGCGGGACCGCUUACGGGAACAAGUGUUAAAUUUGCAAACUGUCUUAACCGAGCAUCAUAGGUUGAUGUCCGACGUUCGAAUUUUGCUGCGAACCAUGGCCAAGCAAGAAAACAUUACUGGCCUCCAGGAGUUUCUUGCUUCGUACCGAUCUUUCACCGAAAACAUAUCUGCGAUCGUGAAAGAACUGGAAUCCGACUGCCUCGACGCCAACAGAAGCAGAACGAUCAAACAACAGUUGGAGAGCAUGGCGAUCGUGGUGCCGAAUUUAUACAUCGAGUUGUUGGAAUUUGCCAACGAGAAGAAACCGAACCUCGCCAAGCUGUUCGAUAAACAGAAAGAUACGGAGAAGAGCAGAGGGGCGAAGGAGAGGGGUCGAGAAAGGGAGAAGAAGGGGGGCAGCAGCGGUGCGGUUGCGGUAACGGCGAAGAAGAAGAAGAAAUCCACUAGGCAGGAAGGUGUGUGCUACAGCCCUAAGAAGGGAGUACAGUUGGCCAGGGAUCCAACCACGGGUAAAGCUGUCCAGGAGCGGAACGCGUACGCGCUGAACGUCUGGCGUCGUAUUCGAAUGAAGUUGGAAGGCCGGGAUCCGCACCCAUCGCGCAAAUACACGACGGCCGAGCAAGUGGAAUACGUGAUACGCGAGGCUCAGAGCACCGACAAUUUGGCCCUCUUGUACGAGGGUUGGACACCGUGGGUCUGAACGGAAGAUGGUUGACGCGGUCGCGUCGAUGGUUCAAUGCUCGUUACACACGGUACUAGAGUUUGUGCCGUUCUGCGUUCCACGCUCUACGCUCUACGAUGGAGCCAGCUCUCUGCCGACCAGGUGUGAAGUACCUUCAUCGUCACAUGGAAGAGGGAGUUCACUACGCCCGUGAGAAUGCCGUUCGAAUGCCGUUCGAAUUCGGCAACGCGCUUCUACAUACAAGGAAUAAUCUGCGCGAUACGUGAUCAGCGAUCCACGAUCCGUGAUCCGAGAUCGGCAAUCUAUGAUUCGCGAUCCGUCAUCCAAUUUUGAUUCUGGCACCGAUUCUAUGAUUGUCUCAAAUACCUUUGGUCAAUACCGCACUCGUCGUCUAUUCUAUGGAGGUCUGUCUGUUUAUUUGUUUCUGCCCGACAUUACUAUACCCGUCUGUCUGCCUACCCAUCUGUCCAUCUGUCCGCCCGCUUACUUGCCUGCUUUCCUGUUUCCCUGCUUACCUGUCUACCAAACGACUUUCUCUAUCCAUCUAUUUUUCCAUCCGUCUGUCCAUUUGCACAUCUACCCGGUUCUUUUCUUUCCUAUCUACCCGUCAGUCACCUAUCCUUCCAAACACCUUCGCGUCCACGUACCCUGUGUGUAUCUAUACACCCAUGUACCCUGCCUGCCUAUUUUCUUCGACCUUCCCGUUCCAGUCAAUUUCGGUUAACGAUAGACAGCCGAGUAAUAUUUCUGAUAGAAAGGUAAUUACACGGGGUAAACAGUGUAUCGAUUCUAAUACAUGAAAGUCGAUCGAAAAGAGUUUACGUCCCUUGAAAUUUCUAUUUACACGCACAAUGACGCGACAUUUGGGAAAAGCAUAGAAUCUGUUGCUAAUCUUGGGAAUAAAAUAGGACAACGACUGCAAGUUCAGUCGAGGAUGCGGAGAAACUCGAUGACGAUUAAUGCGUCGAUGGCUAUGACGCUCGAGACUUUAAAGAAACAUCUGUGACGUACUGUCUACCACUCCCGUGAUUCGUUUCAAGUCAAACGACCCGUCUCUGAACUUCAAAUUCAUUUCAUUUUCAAACUUAUCCAUCAAAUUUCCUCUAUGUUACAGCAAACGUAUCGAUCGGUUGGUCGAAUCUUACGACCGUUCAUUUUUAGACCAUGUACAAAGGAUGAGUGUGUGCACAGCUACCGUUGGCGAGGAAUUCUGAUUUUAAAUCAACUUCCAAGUUUUCAGCGGGACCAGUCCGAUAUACCGUUGAAUAGUCCUGCGCGAAACAGCCGUACUACUCGUUUUCAAAACGCUGAACCACAGAAACGAUAGUAUUCCUAUAAUUCGAUGUUAUUCCCAUUUUAUCCAUACAAUUUGAUGCUUUACUAUUAUCGUUGAAAUUCUAACGUAACAAGACGCGCAAUUGCGUUCCGUUCCGUUCAAAAACAAUGUUACCUCUCAUACGAGUAAUUGAUGUAUCUUUCUUGGAACAAAUGCAUUGAUUUGAUAAAUUCCUAUAGUUUUCUAUACGCGGUGAAUCUCCACAUUGCGAAAUAACAGGCCCAAGUAAAAUCGUUUGAUUACAGUUUUGCGUGGGCAGCAUUCGAGUGUCCAGCUUCGAGAAACAUUUUUACUUUUCUAGUCGCCAGAAACCAUUUGUGACCGGCUCUUGAAAACAACAUUACAUUUGUUCCACGGAGAGUAUACCUUACUCGCGGUACUUUCGGGUUGAACAAAAUUCAAAGCGUAAACAUUUCUUUACGUGAUACGUAUUCGCAUUUGGUAAAGACUUUUUCCUCUAUUUACACUAAUAGUAUACAUCGAUUAUUAAUAUUUAUAUUUACAUGUACAUGUACACAUUUACAUUUACAUUUACAUUUACAUUUACAUUUACAUUUACAUUUUCAUUUUCAUUUUCAUUUACAUUUACAUUUCUAUUUAUAUUUACAUUUAUAUUUAUAUUGCUGCAUCCUUACGGAAACAGUCGUAAUAAUCGAUCGCCGAUCCAUGAUUGCUCUUCUCAAAGAAAGAAUCACCGAAAGAGAAAAACAACUAUGAUGCUGUUACAGAUAUUCGAUCAAAAGAAAUUUGUUUUCUUGUUUGUCUCUCAUUAAGGAUAAAAAAUACCAAUUAUAAAAAGCAAUUAUCAUAAUGCUCAACCAUUUCGCAUUUCCCUUCCCCCUUUGCCUGUGUUUCAUUUACCUUUUUCGUUGCGGGGAACAGGAGCAGAGAUAAGGUCACACUUUGUAACCAAUAAAAUUUACAAUACAUAUAUAUAAAAAAUAAUAGAAGAGAUAUAUUUCAUUCGACUGAAUUACAGUUUGUAAAAUAUUUUUACCUGCAACUCAUUUUCGUCCAACUUCUUUUUAGUACAACGUAUACCGCUCCUAUAAUUUUCUGUACUUGUAGACUGUUCAUUUCAUUCUCCUUUUCUGUUCCUUCUCUCGAGAAAUGUUUAACCGUUUCGAGAAAUCACUUCGCUUCUCUCUCACCGUUCCCAGCGUAAUUUCGAUACAUCUUUUAAACAAACUACACGGUAGUAAUAUUUAUGUAUGCGACGGUUAUAACGGAUCCGGAAAGAAUUUCAGUCCUUCGAUUAGUUCUUCUAAUUGUGUAUGGCUACAAAGAAAGGUCCAACUUUCAGUGAACGUAAAUUUUUUAAUAAAUUACAUUGCAAUUCAACUGUAUAUUACAAUAUUGUAAAUUUUCAUCGUUAUAUUACACUUUGUAUCACAACGUUUGUUUCUCGCGUGUCUCUCAUCGAACACACUCGUUGCACCCCUUCUCUCAAAAGUAUUCGCGGUAAAUAACCAAAGCAUUCGCGUCAAAGGUACGCGAAACGCAAUAAUAAUGAAAGACUAUGAAUCCCGGUUGUUUAGCAAAUGUUGCAAAACUAUAAAUCUUAUCCUUUCCAACGAAUCCCGGUAUAGUUGUGAUCAUUGUAACAACCCAAGUAUGCGACAACACACCAUAUUAGAAUAAACUGCGGCGAUAUACGUAUGUGUAUCGUUGAAAUUCAAUUUGCUCGUUACGAAUAACUUCAGGUGUUUUCUUUCAUCAGUUGAUCGAUCUGAGUUUUGUAAACAUCUUUCACAUCUUGAAGAUCUAAACGCAACUCCUCGUUUUCCUCCAUUUUC